AUGGGGCAGCAGGCACACUUGGUGGGCUUGGAGGCCCAGGCGGAUAUGGACCAGGACCCUUUGGCUAUGGAGGUGGUCCAGGUGGUUAUGGUGGUGGCCCAGGCAGUGCUGGUGGACUUGGAGGGCUUUGGAGGAGCUGGAACAUUGGGUGGGGCUGGAAGAGGAGGCAUUGGUGGAGGUCCUGGAGGACUUGGUGGUGGUCUAGGAGUAGGACCAGGAGGUGCUGGAGGCAUUGGUGGUGGUCUAGGAGUUGGACCAGGAGGUAUUGGAGGUCCUGGAGGAGUUGGAGGACUGGGUGGAGGUGCCAGAUAUCCAGGUGGUGGCCUGGGAGCUGGAGCUGGGAAACCUGGGAAAUCAGGGUAUGGAGGUUUGGGUGCAGCUGGAGGCAUGGGAGGUGUUGGAAGCCCACUAGGAACCGGUGGAGGCUUUGGCACAGGUGCACUGGGUGGUCAAGGCUAUCAGCCAGGUUAUGGUGGCACUGGUGCAGGGGGACCUGGAAGUGCUCCACUUACACCUCAGCAAUCAAAAGCAGCCAAAUAUGCAGCUCUUCAAGGCUUUCUAGGUGCAGGAGGCUACAGAGGUACUUAA